AUGUCAAUAACUUCUAUUGAAAAUUUAUCAAAUGAAUUGUUUUAUGAACUAUUUGAUUAUCUUGAUGGUAUUGAUAUAUACAAGGCAUUUUCAAAUCUUAAUUACUGUUUUCAACAACUUCUUAAUUCAUCAUCUCUUCUAUUUAAAAUUAAAAUUACUUGUCAAUAUGAUGAAUCAUACACAAAAAUCUUUAAACAACUGACACUUCUUAAUCAUCUUAAUAAACAUCAAAUAUAUUCAUUUUAUAUAUGCAUACCAUAUCAAGCGAAGCAUUUUUUCUCAUCAUAUUCAAUCGAUUCAUCAUUUGAUCAUCUUGAAUCAUUUGUUCUUGAUGAAAUUAAACCAACUAUACUUAUUCAACUUCUAUCCAAAUUAACUUGUUUACCUCGUUUAUUCUCAUUAACAAUCGAUAUGUUAGAUCAUUUGAGCAAAUUAACUAAUAUUUAUCAAUUAAUUUUUGCAUUAUCAAAAUUGAAAUAUUUGAAAUUUACAGUAUACGAUACUGAUUUUGUAAACACUUCACUAUCAUUUUUUCGCAACAGUCAAGUUAGUUCUAUUGAAUAUCUUAUUAUUAAACAUCGUUGUAAUUUUAAUGACCUUUUGACUAUAUUGUCUUAUACACCUCGACUUCGUCAUUUGAAUGUUUACCCUAUAAUCGAUCAUGAUGAUGAUGAUUCAAUCAUUGAAAACAUAUUACCAAUAAAAUUAUCAAAUUUAACAUAUAUUUCUUUAGAUGUACAUUAUAUAAAAUUUGAUAAAUUUACAAUGUUCAUUAAAAACUUCAAUUGUAAAUUAAAAGUUUUGCGUUAUAGAACUCAGUCUAAUGAUGUGACUUAUUUAUAUGCUAAUCGAUGGAAAGAAUUAAUUUUAAAAUAUUUUCCUCAAUUAGAAAAAUUCUAUUUUCAAUAUGAAGACAUGCCUUAUUAUGGACAUCGAUCUCCAGCAUAUCGUAAAGUAGAUUUUAAUCAAUUUAUUUCAUCAUUUUGGAUUGAAAAAAGAUGGGUAUUUAAAAGUAAAAUCAAUACACCUGGAUUUAUCUUUAAAAUUGAUCCAUAUAAAGAAACAUGGUAUGAUAGAAAUUCAUCCAUUGAUUAUUCAAAAUCUAGUCAACUUACAUUUAGAUAUCCUCCUAAGAAUGAAUAUUCAAUUGACAUACAUGGUAUCUUAAGAGUAGCACAAUUUUAUCAUUUAGAAAUUGAAAGAGGUCAAAUUGAUAUUUCAACAUUAAUGGAUAUAAUAUGUAGAUUAUCUGAACUUGAUUCAUUAAAAAUUCAUUCUUUAUCAUUAUCAUCAACGUGUGAUUCAUCUAUGGAAGAAAUAAAUCGUUGUUUUAUAUCAAAUAAAAACAAAAUAACAAAAAUUUAUCUUGAAAAAUUUAAUAAAAUUGAAGAAAUUAAUUUUCUCAUUAAAUUUUGUCCUCGAAUGAAUUAUCUUCAUAUCGAUUCUAUUAAUAAUAUGGAUAUUGAAUUAUUUAUAAAAGAAAUUUUAGAUAAAAUUAAUAAUGAUGGUAAUCAAUAUUUUUAUACAUUAUGUCUUCGUAUUCCAACAGAAGAUGAUAAAAUUAUUGAAAAAUUCAAGAAUAUUAUCAAUUCAAACAAAUCUAUUGUUUGGUAUUCAAUCAAAUGUAUACUUGAUGUUAUUUAUUUACAAUGGAAAAAGGAUUAUUACCAAUAUAUGAAUAAAAUAAAAACGACAAUCAACUAUUGA